UAUCAUCAAGCUUUUGUUACUGCGACCAUUCGUCGAACUUUGCUGUCCUAAUGCAAGUCACAGAAUAUGAGAUUUCAGAAGCUGACUCUUUGGCACUUAUGUGGAUAACAUACAUUGGGUGCUGUUUAUCCAUAAUGCUAUUGCUAUUAACGUUGGCGAUCUAUGGAUGUCUUUGGAAGCUUCGAUCAGAUAGAAUAUUCAUUCACUCCAGCUUGGCACUUGCAAUUUUGAUUGCACAGUUGCUCUUUAUUGGAGGUCUUGAGAGAACUGAAGACAAAGUAGUGUGUAAGGUUAUUGCAAUACUCCUCCAUUUCUUCUACCUGUCCGUCUUUGGUUGGAUGCUUGUAGAAGGAAUACACCUUUACAGGAAGGUGAUUAAAGUCUACGGAAGUGAGAACAUCAAGAUGUAUCCGUACCUACUCGUCGGCUGGGGCAUUCCUGCCGUCAUUACCUUGGUAUCCCUUGGUAUUCGUAUUGAAGGCUACGGGACGAACAAAGUUUGCUGGCUUGACAUCUCAUCUGGUUUGAUAUGGGCUUUCGUUGUUCCAGCUCUUAGUGUGAUUGGGGUGAACAUCAUCGUGUUUAUCUUGGUGUUGCGAGUUAUUGUGAAAUCAGCCGAGUUAAAUGAUAAAGAACAUGCAAACAUCAAAGCUGGAUUAAAGGGCGCCGUGGUACUGCUCCCAAUCCUCGGUCUGACUUGGAUCUUUGGGCUAUUGGCCGUCAAUAGCGCCACCAUUAUGUUUCAGUACCUGUUUACCAUCUUCAACUCUUUCCAGGGUCUCUUCAUAUUCCUGAACCAAUGCGCUCUUAACUCAGAGGUCAAGGCAGCGUUUUUGCGUAUAAGAGAAAAGCGAAAAUUGUUGUCGGGUACUUCAAUUAGCACAGAUCAGCCAGCACACGUCAAUUCAACGUCGGUUACACAGAAUACUGAAGUGAAUACCGUUCCCGACAAAGACACCAAUAUGCAUCCCGCCCUUGAUGAUGAUGGUCUGACGGUGGAACCGGUGGUAAACGCCGAGGAAUGUAUUCAAGAUCUGGAAAAGGCUCCUGAACCAGUAUCAAAUGAGCAACAGCGAAGUGAACCCUUUGAGUUUUACAAGCUACCGCCCUCUGCCAACUUAAACGCUCUGAGGAAGCUUCACAGCAAUAAAGUCUACCCCAAGUUCAUGGACGAAGGUCCUACGGAGGAAUUGUUUUCGUUAUAACCUUGUCUUUAAUUAACCUUUUCUCGUAAAAUUAAUCAUCCGUUGUAGUUGUAACAAAGCUCAAGUACAUUAAGUGAUACGGGCUUCGUCGUAUUUUGGAGUAGGAAGUAGUAACAGUAAAAUGACGAUCAUGCACCAUUAAUGAUACAAAGUGCACAACAAAAUAAAGAUAAUUUGCAGUAUACAAAUAGCAUAAAUAUUUAAUAACAAAGCAAGCAGUAAGAUAUUAGCACAUAUUGAUGUGAUGGUUUUAACCAUCACAUCAAUUUGUACUAAUAUCUUACUGCUUAAAAGUGUCGAAAGGUUGAUGUUACCAGUUAUCAUUAUGAAAUAGUCAAUACAUAAGUUAAAUAGAAAUAUAAUAUCGCCUUUUUACAUGCAAAAACGUUUUUCUAUAAUGGCAUGAAUGCAAGUUCAAUAUAAACUGUCGGCUCUGUAAACAUACCCCUUCUUGAAAAUAUACCUGAAGCAUGGCGCAGCCAUGUGCCAAAUUUCCUACAGCUGGCGAGUACCAUAGUCUGUUUUUGGGGGGUUUUUUUUGGUAAGGAUUAUCCGGUCCACACAAUCUAUUUUUCUGGUGUCGUGGUCAAACCACCCAAUGGAAACUGUCAACGGUUUGCUAUGUAAUCAUGUUAAUAGAAUGCGCUAACUAUUUUGUUUGAGUUAUUGUGUCAUAUUGCCUCUUCUUUCCGACUACUCUUCUUAUUUCUUGCUCUUUUUUCCCAGUAUGACCCUGAAUCGGUGCUAAAAUGACUCACAAAAAGAGUACACAAAACUAACGCCAGAUCUGAGUCAAAAUCCCACUAUACUGAUACUUUGAUAAUGACCAGUGUUUAUAACACGCUGGCUGCCGCGUGUCGGGCGCGCAAGAUUAUCACGCGGAACGCAA